ACUGACUGUAUGGUUGUUGCUUGUUGUAAGUGGGAAGGGGUUCCAACGAGAUGGUUAUCUGGGCGUGCACCUCACAGAGUUUGGAAUGACCGGUCUGUUCUAGUUGUGAUCGUGACUGAACACGGACAACAUCUUAAUAUGAUGAUGUUACACGAUAUUAUGUUUCUAUAUAAUACCAGAAACAGAAAAACAACAUGACAAGUUGACAAACAGCUCGUCUGCGUGACAACCCGUCGGUCUGGGGACUCAGACGUGGAGACACAACACAGACGUCUCACACAGGGAAGGAAAGAAAGAAAGGGAAGAAGAAGAACAGUUGGAUUGGAUGAAAGGAAGGAGAACAAGAGAUAGAAGGAAGAACGUAUUCAGAUCUCUGUGAAUGGCCUCCUUCCAAGCGUUCCGUAGAAGGCCGUGCCGCGUCUUUUCCCUGCGCACAAUUUUGGUGGCUGUACCUUCUGUGUGGCUUGUGGUCAUCCUGUGGACAGUCUACAACGCUCAAGUGGUGCAGCAGGCCGAGUACAGGCGCCAAUUGGAAGAGUUCAACCGUCAGGGCGACUACGGCAAAGUCCAGGCGCCAUCAGAGAUUGCUGACGUCAAAGUCAGAAAGGAGAACCAUGCAGACAUUAGAGGGAAUCAUGAGGACAGCAUGUUGUUUAAGCCUCUCAAGCCUCAGCGUGGGGCGGGGGCGAAGAAAGAGCACCGGCGGCGUCAGAACGUGGGUGUGGUGAGGAAUGUCGUGGAUGAGGAUCAGUUGGCGGAACAACUGCCGGACCAGGGGAAUAAGGCGAGUACGGGAAGGCGGUGCGGUUCGACCCCAACGCCCUGAGCCCUCAGGACCGGGCCAACUUCGAUGAGGGCUGGAAGAAUCAUCAGUACAACGAGUUUGCCAGUCUACAGAUCUCCACACAGAGAGAGACACCGGACUUCAGGAAUAACGUGUGUAAACAAGAGGAUUACGGAGACCUGUCCAAACUGCCGAAAGCCAGCGUCAUCAUCUGCUUCUACAACGAGGCGUGGUCCGUGCUGCUGAGGACAAUCCACAGCGUCCUGAGCAAAUCCCCUCCAGAGCUGAUUGAGGAGAUUAUUCUCGUAGAUGACUUCUCGGAUAUGGUGACGAUGCACAAACCGUUGGAAUUCUACGUAGCCCAGGUGGCAAAGAUUCGACUACUGCGCAUGACCAAACGCUCGGGUCUUGUCCGGGCGCGACUGGCUGGGGUUCGAAGAGCAAAAGCUCCGGUCCUGAUAUUUCUGGACUCCCACGUGGAAUGUGCAACAGGUUGGCUACCGCCACUUCUCAAAGCCAUUGCUGACCACCCAAAGGUGGCUGUGACGCCAGAGAUUGACGUUAUUGAUCACAAAACGUUUGCCAUUCAGGCGGCUAUCGACAAUAUCGGCAUUCUCGACUUCCGGUCUUUCUCCUUCGACUGGUCGCCCAUCAUCCCACGUCUGCAGGCCAAACGGAAGUCCGCCGCUGAUCUCAUAGAAUCUCCAACAAUGGCUGGUGGCCUAUUUGCUAUCAGAAAGGACUAUUUCAUCCAGCUUGGGACUUACGAUACUGAUCUAGAACUGUGGGGAGGAGAGAACAUUGAACUGUCCUUAAAGCUGUGGAUGUGCGGGGGCGGAAUCAUGAUCCACCCGUGCUCGAGGGUAGCCCACAUCUUCCGGGACCAGUCCCCCUACCUGAAGGGCAGCAAAGUCAACGUACUCAACAAGAACUCGGCACGUGUAGCGCAGGUCUGGGCCGACGACUACCGCAAGAUCUACUUCAAAUGGAGUCCAUAUGACGAGGAGAAAUAUGGCAGUGUUGAAGAGAGGCUGAAACUCAAAAAAGAUCUCAAGUGCCGUUCGUUCAGCUGGUAUGUGGACAAUAUCUAUCCCGAGAUGCACGUUGAUGGAACUGGGCGGUACCUCGGACAGAUCCAAGACUUGCGAGGCCGCUGUAUUCACAGAGCGUCCACCGCAGCCAAUUCACCACUAAGCCUUAUAUCCUGCAACAGGGCGAUGCGAUGGGAGAUGACGCGCAUCCAUGAGAUCCGCUCUAAGGGUCUGUGUCUGGACCACUCGCCCCGUGGUCUCAUCAUGCCCAACUGUGACCUCAGCUCGCAGUCUCAGAGGUUCGAAUAUACACAGGACAAGACGAUCCGCCACCCAGAGACCAACACCUGCCUCACCUCCACACAGACCGCUGUGGUCUUCAUGCCGUGUACCGGAGACACCUUCCAGACUUGGAUCUGGGCAGAAAACCCCAACUAUAUGCCCCCACAGACUCCCCACACCUCCCUUUGACCCAGGGACACACACUCUAGAGAUCACAGCUAGGCGUCAAAUUCAUGGCCCGCGGGCCGCAUCCAGCCCGGUGGACGAUUAUAUCAGGCCCACGGGAGAGUGUUGGAAAGUUCAUCCUAAGGAUCUCCAUAAUACGUCAAACAUAAACGAACUUGUUGCCAAGAAACGAUGUCAAAUAUCCAGUUCUGACAAAUUGGCAAAAGAGCGAAAAUUGGUAUGCCUUGAGUUUUAAUUGUUUUAACUUUGUUUUAAUUCGUACUAUUGUUUUAAAAAAGGUUUUGUUUUCCAUUGUUUAAUGUUUGUUGAUCCAGUUAGGGUCGCAACCGUCAGUGUAAUCUUAGUUUGGCCUCCUAAGCAACUGAGUUUGACAACACUGUUGUAGGUCAGUCCUGUGGUUGAUGGGCAUUAGAUCGGAGGUCCUGCUCCUUUAACUUUACAUUUAUGAGUACAAUAUUUUAAGAAACGCCUUCAUGCAAUGUGCUUUAUUCAUCAAUAUUUUUACUGCAUCUUCGAUAACACAAUAUGAUUACAGUGACGCAGGAUGCCACCCUGACGAGGGUUAUUACAUCGUUUCCUUAGCAACGCCUCUCAGUUCCAAAAACCCAUUGACUUGCAUUACAAUAUCCAAGACUGCGCACUGUGGCGUAAUUCCAAUUCACCAUGGAGCAUACCAUUUUACUCUAUUGAAACCAACUGAAGGACAAGGAGGGAAAUGUGGAAAAGAACGAGAUAGGUGUUUUGUCUUACAUUUGGGUGUCCAUGGUGCGCACCAGAGCAACGAAGUUUUCAUAGAGGGUAAAGAGCAGCGGCCAUGACUGUGCCCAGUCUAUGAUAUUAUAAUUCAAGUCUAAGCAACAGCUAAAGACUUUAUUUUUCAAAAUAAUGUUGAUGGCGGCUUGCUUUUGUUUAUGGCAGCUCGUGAAAUAUGUGACUUCAUAGAGUCGUUUGCUCCGGAGGCUCUGGGCCAGACGAACUCACCAAAGCUCUUCUAAUGUUGCCAUUCGUCAUAAACGAGUGAAUGACGUUUUUCCAUAACGCUUUUGCCCGCUAAAUGAGCUGCUUUCACCUUUGGUACAUUAUAAAGAGACACAUUCCGCUGACGAAAGAUAAUAGAUUCGAAGAACGGCAAGACGUUCUCGUUGUUUAUUUAUAAUCAAAAUCUGAGUAACACAGACCACAGGGAUGGAUGGUCACGCUAGUCUGUCAUGCCGGAGUUUUAUUUAUCGUGUGAGUGAACUCUCGCAUUCCUGAGUAACGUAUGGUUCUUUUUUUUGUUGUUUUAUUGGAUAUUCUUGUUUGCCAGUACAAGGAAAAAAUUCUUGGGGGAAAUGGGUGGUUUUUGACUUGUUGUUUUCUUGUUGAUUAUUUGCCUGUACCUCUGUUUCUUUGUCUAUUUGCUAAGGGGAAAAUUAGUUUGCUUGGUAUAGAGAGGAAACUCAGAGUCACGAGUGUUGCAGUGCUAACGUCUCCAUGCGAAAUGCAUAAAACUAUAAACGUUUACGUAAUUUUUGCCAAGGAAUCCAAUCUACGAGUCAUAUAGCAAGCUGUAGUAUAAGUAGUAGGUAUAUUUGUGCAUCGCUUUACCGACUACUUAAACGAAACCUUUUUUAGUUACCUACAGCGAUUCUUUGUUAUUUGUUUUAUAAAAUAGGUGUCUAACGCACCCAUGAAUACCAUCUAGAUCAUUUUAGGACGCGGACUUCGACCCCGUAUGUCACAGCCAACCCGGGCUGAGAGGGAUAGUUUCCCAAUAGAGAGACCGAGAUACUUGACAAAAUUCUCCCCAUAUUGGAAUCGAACUCGGGUCCUCUGCGUGAGACGGUGAAGUGCCUGACUGCUGCAACACAGAUGCCGGUUUGCUAUUUGUUCCAGUCUUUGACUUCGAAGAUGUUCGCUAUAAAAAUGCUGUGUCCGAUACAAUCAAGAAGGAAAGCAUGAUUUAACCGAAUCAGAAAAAUUAGGUAUCAGUUAGGGCGUACCCACAGUUUCUUUCAUGUAAUACAAAAAAUUGUCAG